AUGUCUAGAGAGAAUUCAUUUGCGCCGGCUUGGUUGGAGUUCGAAAAAGAGCUUGGAGGCAGGCAAACUCUCCAUGGCCCAACAUUUAACGACCUCCUCAAUGGCUGGACUCAGUUUUCAGGUGUUCUGGGCUCCAAGCUAACCUUCCCAGCUCCCGAUAUAUCUGUGAAGACUGAAGAUAAGGCGAUAUCUCCAGAUGUGACAGUGCGAAUUUACACCCCACCGAAUUACACUGGGGGAAAACCAGCAGGUAUUUUUAUGCACGGCGGCGGUUGGGUGUUUGGAGAUCUGGACGGGGAGGAUGGGUUCUGCAGAUCAAUCGCUAUAGAUACAGGAACCGUCCUCGUGUCUGUGGACUACCGCCUCGCCCCGAAGCAUAAGUACCCUAUAGCACUAGAAGAUUGUGUCGCUGCAUAUCACUGGGUUAUUGAGAAUACAGGUUACUUGAAUACAACCGCUGGUCAGGUAUUCACUAUUGGAGGCUCAGCAGGUGGUGGUCUUGCUCUGGGACUUGCUCUUAAUCUGAUCGAUGCGGGAUUGGGAGGGACUGUGAAGGGUAUUGUGGCCCUUGUUCCAGUCACCGUUCACCCAGACGCUUGCCCAGCGGAGUUUAAAUCGGAGUUCAUUAGUUAUGAGGAGAAUGCAGAGUAUACCAUAAACACAAAUUCAGCCAUGAGAGCAUUCUUCGACGCUUAUGACCCUCCUCUAACAGAUCAUUACACGUCACCGCUAUUGCACAAGAGAAUCAAAGAUUUGCCAAAAACCUAUAUUGUUACUGCAGGAAUGGAUACCUUGAGAGAUGAUGGUCGGCUAUUCAAGAAGGCGUUGGACAAUGCUGGGGUCCCGAACAGAUAUGACGAGUUUGAGGGUUACCCGCAUUGGUUCUGGGCGUUCCCUUCGAAGCAUCUUGAGCCUAUCACGAAAGAUUUCCAUCAAAAAUUGCAGAAGGCAAUUGAGUUCAUUCUUUCUUGA